UUGGUCAAUGAUCGGAGAGCGGCGAUAAUGAACGAAGUCCGACUCGGGAGCAUCAUCGGAAAACAUGGCGGCCAAGGCGCUCCGGCAGCGAACCAGACGAGGCAGCAGACAAGAUGGGAACAACGUGAGCGUCCCCAACGAUGCUCGGCCACCGAAAGAGGAGAAAACCGGCGAUGACAGCAAAACUACAGAGACCCGACAAGAGUCAGUAAGUCGUGGAGGACAGGUAUGGGCUCCAGAGGGUUCCACUGCAUUUAAGUGCCUGCUCUCUGCACGCUUCUGCGCAGCUUUGCUCAGCAACAUCUCAGACUGUGAUGAGACCUUCAAUUACUGGGAGCCUAUGCACUACCUGCUGUAUGGAACAGGAAUGCAAACAUGGGAAUAUUCUCCGUUGUACGCCAUCAGGUCGUACGCCUACCUUUGGUUGCACGCACUUCCUGCUUGUUUGCAUGCCCAUGUUCUCCAGACAAACAAGGUGUUGGUGUUCUACUUUGUACGAUGUGUCUUAGCGUUUUCCUGCUGUGUCUGUGAACUCUAUUUCUACAAGGCAGUUUGUAAGAAGUUUGGUUUGCACGUGGGUCGUCUGAUGUUAGCAUUUCUUGUCCUGAGCACUGGAAUGUUCUGCUCAUCUGCAGCAUUCCUACCUUCCUCCUUCUGUAUGUACACGACUCUGGUUGCCAUGACGGGAUGGUUUCAGGACUCAACACCAUUAGCCAUCAUGGGUGUAGCUGCCGGAGCCAUCGUUGGAUGGCCGUUCUCUGCUCUGGUUGGGGUCCCAAUUGCUUUUGAUCUGCUGGUGAUGAAGAGGCAGUGGAAAAGUUUUAUCAUCUGGUCAGCUGUUGCUUUGCUUCUGCUGUUGGUACCCCUGGUGGCAGUGGACUCUUUCUUUUAUGGAAAACUAGUCAUAGCUCCACUUAACAUUCUCCUCUAUAAUGUCUUCACACCGCAUGGACCUGAUCUGUACGGAACAGAACCGUGGCAUUUCUACUUUGUAAAUGGACUCCUGAACUUCAACCUGGUGUUUGCUCUGGCACUGUUCUCCCUGCCACUCACUGCUCUCAUGGAGACACUGUUGCACCGGUUCAAUGUGCAGAACCUGGGCCGUCCAUACUGGUUGACACUGUCUCCCAUGUAUAUCUGGAUGUUGGUUUUCUUCACCAGACCCCAUAAAGAGGAGCGCUUUCUUUUUCCCAUCUACCCUCUGAUCUGUCUUUGUGGAGCAGUAGCCCUCUCAUCCCUACAGAAAUGCUACCACUUCCUGUUCCAGCGAUACAGACUAGAGCACUACACCGUCUCCUCCAACUGGUUGGCUCUGAGUGCCGUUGUGGUUUUCUCAGUGCUGUCCCUGUCUCGCUCGGUCGCCCUCUUCAGAGGUUACCACGCCCCUCUGGACCUGUACCCAGAAUUCCACCGCAUUGCAAAAGACCCAACUCUUCAUGCCGUCCCUGAGGGGAGACCUGUUAGUGUGUGUGUGGGCAAAGAGUGGUACCGCUUCCCAAGCAGCUUCCUUUUACCUCACAACUGGCAGCUGCACUUCAUUCAGUCUGAGUUUAAAGGGCAGCUGCCUCAGCCAUAUGCACCCGGGCCCCUGGCCACACAGACCAUCCCAGCUAAUAUGAAUGACCAGAACCUGGAGGAGCCAACUAGAUAUGUGGACUUACGGCAGUGUCAUUACUUGGUGGACCUGGAUAUAGAAGAAGAGACAUCACUUGAGCCAAAUUAUUCAGCUAACAAAGAGGAGUGGAACGUCAUCGCUUAUAAGCCUUUUAUUCAGGCAUCAAGAUCGUCACGUCUCUUCAGAGCAUUCUACAUCCCGUUUUUAUCGGACCAUCACACCACCUACAGGCGCUAUGUCAUCUUGAAACCACGGCGGCAAAAGCAGCCUCGUAAAAGAAGCCAUGGCUGACCUUUGACACCUUUAAGUGGCUCAACGUUCAACAGAAAUCAAUCACUUCCCCUCAAAGCAGCUGGUAUUAUUUGUGUGUCUGUGUCUUGUGUGUCGGUGUGAUUGUGGACAUGCGUACAUGCAUGUGUUUUAAAGUAUGAUGAAACAUUUCAAGAUAUCAGACCCUUUAAGGACUUUAAAGUCUGCUCCUGGACUUUGUGUGUGUGUGUGUGUGUGUGUGUGUGUGUGUGUGUGUGUAAAGAGAAAACUGUGUGUGUGUAGAUUUGUGUGUUGAACGUUUUAUGUGUGUGUGUUUGUCUGUGUAACGAAUGUCUUACUUUGGAUGCACACUACAAGAUUUUACAUGCGUUUGUCCCAGGUCAGGCAGUAACACAUAAAAAACAGUGUUUUCUUUUUAACUUGAAGACGGGACCUAAAUGGAAGAAUCUAAAAUUGAAAUCAAUCCUAAAAAAAUCUUGUAGUGUUGUCUGCACUUGAACUGUAUCUGAUUGUGUGCUCUGUUGGGUUUGAGUGAAGGAAACGAAUGGAAGUGUGGUUGUCUUAUUAAUUUAACUUGUAAUGUCAAUAAACACAUGAUUUAAUGCUAA